AUCUCUAUGGUCCUAAUGCAUUGAAGGGUGUGUGUACGUUGGUGUUGCAUUAUUUACUAUAGGCAUAGACUUGUUGGGUUAAGUUAUGGUUUAGUUUUGUGUUAGAGUGAGAAAUGAAUCUGUAGAGCAAAUUACUUAGAAUCUAAAGUACACACACACACAUAUAUAUAUACAUAUCUUUGUUGACGGUAUAAUUCCGUAAGGACCAAAGAAGGAACGAAACUCGCUUCAUGUUCAGUUGUAUGGAAUUGAAAAUUUAACGGGAACCCACUUGCCUACUCCAAAACAGCGUAAACGAGAAGGGAGCCCACCACACCUGCCGGUGACCGUUACAGACGGGUAGCAUUGGUUUUAAAUUUGGCUGAGCGACAGUGUAACAUCACUUAGUUCUUACUGGAGUGUAACGUUAUUUUCUUAAUAUUUUUUUAUUUAAUUUUGGUUUCUGAAUUUUUUUACUAUUAAUAUUAAUUAUUAUAUACAAAAUAAAAUGGGUUGCGCAGUUAGCUCUAUAGCAGACAAAGAAGCAACUGAAAGAUCUAAAAAAAUUGACAAAGAUUUGAGGGCUGAUGGAGAAAGACAAGCAAGAGAAGUCAAGCUUCUUCUUUUGGGAGCUGGAGAAUCUGGUAAAAGCACAAUUGUUAAACAAAUGAAAAUUAUUCAUGAAGCUGGUUAUUCUAAAGAUGAAUGUCUUCAGUACCGACCCGUUGUUCAUAGUAACACCAUUCAAAGUCUGAUGGCUAUCAUAAGAGCCAUGGGUCAGUUGAAGAUUGACUUUGGUGACCCAGUUAGAGUGGAUGAUGCUCGGCAGUUUUUCACUAUUGCUGGCGCUUCUCAGGAAGGAGAGUUAACCGGAGAAUUAUCAAAAAUUAUGAAGAGAUUAUGGCUAGACUCUGGGGUGCAGCAUUGUUUUUCUCGCUCUCGAGAAUAUCAACUGAAUGAUUCAGCUGCAUACUACCUUAAUGCUCUUGACAGAAUCUGCCAAUCUAACUACAUUCCUACACAGCAAGAUGUUCUGAGAACAAGAGUAAAAACAACUGGUAUUGUGGAAACACACUUCACUUUUAAAGGUUUACAUUUUAAAAUGUUUGACGUUGGAGGACAAAGAUCAGAAAGAAAGAAGUGGAUUCAUUGUUUCGAGGGUGUCACAGCAAUUAUAUUUUGUGUUGCUCUUAGUGGUUAUGACUUAGUACUGGCAGAGGAUGAAGAAAUGAACCGAAUGAUUGAGAGCAUGAAACUCUUUGAUUCCAUUUGUAAUAACAAGUGGUUUGUGGACACUUCUAUUAUAUUAUUUCUAAAUAAGAAGGACUUGUUUGAAAAAAAAAUUACCAAGUCUCCACUGACAAGCUGUUUUCCUGAAUAUACAGGAAACAACACAUAUGAAGAAGCAGCUGCUUAUAUUCAGAUGAAGUUUGAGAACCUAAAUCGAAGAAAGGACACCAAGGAGAUAUACACACACUUCACGUGUGCAACUGACACUAACAACAUCCAGUUCGUUUUUGAUGCUGUCACUGAUGUCAUCAUCAAGAACAACUUGAAAGACUGUGGACUCUUUUGAAACGUCCUGAUGACUAAGAUUUUACAGAGUUAAUUAUCCUUCGUUAUGGACAUCAGUAGAGCACCUCAUCAUCUUGCAUGGUCACUGUGAACAAACUCAUCAUUUCAACAUCACAGCUCAUCAGUCCAGUGUUGCUAUUUUAUUUUUUGAAAGAUGGUUGAAUAAAGUUUUUAUGUAUCAAGACUGACACAAACUAUGUGCCACAUGGGUUCAAGAUGUUCAUUUGUAGUCCAAAUUUUUCCUCCUUGUAACUUUCAGUUUAGAAAUCAUGAAGAGCAGGAAGGAAACACGGGAAGUUUCUGUGUAAACUAGAAGAAUAGAAAAACUACAGAUACUGUAGAUAUACAGCCUUGUCUGCUCAUUGUCCAGACUUCAAUGAUCAGAGAAACAGCAAGUUGAUUGUCUUAUGGACUGAAUGGUCAUGUCCCUUUUAUUGUUUUUUUUAUGUAUUCCUCCUAGAGACAAGGCAUGUUGAUUCUCUCUGGCCACAGUUCUAGUGCUUAAAACAUGUUUAGUCCAUGUUUUUGUGAUGGUCAGUGUGCUAAUAAAGAUGUAUUGUGUGAUGAAAUUAGAUUUAUUGUUGCUAAAAAUGAAACAUUAUCUAAAUUUUGUACAAAAAAAUGUAUACUUAUAAGGAACAUGUGUAUAACAGAUUUUAAUAUUAAGUGAAGCUUACCAGAAAUACCUUCAGAGAACAAUAGUGUUCAUACUGUUUUCAGGUUACCUUCAAAGUCCACACUGUCUUCAUAUAUAUAUAUAUAUAUUGUGUGUGUGUAAACUGUAUGAUGUUAGCUUUAAAAAUUUUAUACCACCGCAUUAUUCUCUUAUUAUCAUAGAAAUAUACGGGGCCACAAGUUUAUGUUCAUGUUGUAUCUUACCUAUGUUUUUAUUUUUUCAGUGAAAACUGUUCAUUUAAGAAAAAAAGAGAAUAUGCAAAUUAAUUUGAUUUUGUCCAACCACGGUCUUUGUUUUAUUAAUAAAUAAACUGUUGGCUUUUGUUGUAUUUUUUCUUGGAGUUAUUACUGUUUAUAGCUUAGCAAAAAUAUACUUUUGUUUGAAUGACUCAGGCUAGAAAUAUAUUGGAAAGUCUUCACAUCUGCACAUCAAGUCCUAAACCUACUUGAUAUUUGUUAGUUCACAUUAACAUGUACUUUUUUGUUUUAUUACAGAAAACUGCCUUUGUAAAUAUAGCAUUAAUUGAAACCCAAAACUGGAACCUUAUACCAAAAAGAAACUUGUUAUAUCUCUGCAAAUUCUACAUGUAUCUUUGCAAAGUUUCCUAACCGACAUUAUAGGAUUCUAUUAAAUAGGUAGUUAGUAAACUGGACUUGUAAGAUAUCUGUAAAUCCUACUUGUGGCUCUGACAAUAUUUUCUAUCCAUCAGUACAGUAAUGCCCACUUUGAAGACAGGACUUGUAAUGUCUGUCAAUUCUGGACUAUCUCUACAAAAGUUUGUAUACCAUAUUUCAAAAAUACAUGUCGGCUAGUAAAGUGGACUUCCUGUAAAGUCUACACGUAUCUUUCCUAGAGUUGUCUAAUCCACAUUAUAGUAAUGUGUGUAGAAAAUAGCCUGUUUAUAAACUGAUCUCUUAAGGUAUUUGCAUAUGUUUUAAGUUUAAUUAUUUAAGUAUGGUAACAACAUUAUAAAAAUACGUGAUUAAAAUAACCAGUUUGUAAAACGGUAUUGUAUGAUCUUUCAAAAUUCUGCAUGCAUCUGCUAAAAGUUUACUAUUUGACUUUUAAUGUCUGUCGGUUAGGGCACUCGACUCACAUUCUGUGGGUUUGAAUCCUGUCGCUGAAUAUGCUAACCCUUUCAGCCAUGGGGGUUGUUAUAACGUGAUGGUCAAUUGCACUAUUCAUUGAUAAAAGAGUAACCCAAGAGCUGGAGGUGGGUGGUGUUGAGUAGCCGCCUUCCCUCUAGCUUGUCACUUCAAAGUUAGGGAUGGCUAGUGCAGAGAGCCCUUGAAUAGCUCAAAGUUUUACAGACAAAUUGACUUUAUAUAGGUAGAUUUGUUAAAUACCUGGUUUGUGAAGGUGUAGUCUCUUUAAGUUGUACAUUUCUCUCUGUUAGUGUUUCCUAACCCACAUGACAGUAAUACAUGUACAAAAUAGCCAUGUAUUAAGUAACAAGUUUAUAAACUGAACUAAUAAGGCCUCUAAUUUCUACAUGAAUUUCUGCAAAAGUUUCAAAACAACAUUACAGAAAUAAAUACAUUAAAUAGUGAAUUUGUAAACAACAUGCAUAUGCUCAAGUUUCAUAAUCCACUACAAGCAAAUACCUUUAUUAAACAGCUAGUUUGUAAACUGCACUUUUAAUGUCUGUGUAAUGUCAACAUGUUUACUAAUCCACUCUAAAAAAAGUACAUAUAUGAAGUUGAUAUUGUAUAAUAUGGACUUAUAAGAUCUUUGUAAAUUCUACAAAGAUCAUUACAAUCAUACAUACAUUAAAUAACCACUUAGUAAACUGGACUUGUAAGGUCACUGUAACUUCUGUGUGUAUCUUGCUUAAGUAUCCCACCCCACAUUACAAUCAUACAUAUAUUAAAUAACCACUUAGUAAACUGGACUUACUAGCAGGACAAACUUGGCACACAUGCUCAAGUGCCAGGGGUGGAUGUCUCAACAAUUAUCUUUUUAUGGUUCCCCUUUGAGGUAUCUAUAGAAGUAAUUGGGGAUAGCAUAGGAGCUUGAUCAGUACUUUAUGGUAUAUAUAUAUAAAUAACAAGGGGCCUUUGAAUCCUAUAGGAGAAUGGGUAUUUUAUGCCAGUUAUAGUAACACCUAUAUUAAAUAACCAGUUUUUGAACUAUAAACUCUACUUGUAUCUCUGGGAAAGUUUCUCAAUCCACAUCACAGUUAUACAACUGUUAGAUAGCCAAUUAGCUAACUAGACUUGUAAAGUAUGUGUAAGUCAUCUUUACCAAAGUUUCUUGACAACAUUACAUAAAUACAUAUAUUAAGUAGCCAGUUUCUAAACUGGACUUACAGUGUUUCUAUAAGGAGUACAUCUCUACCAAUGUUUCUUAAAACACAUUUCAGUAGUCUGUCUGUAAACUGGGUUUGUAAGGUCAUUCUUAAUAUUCGUUUGUUAGGUUGAAUUUCUCAGCCCAUAUUACAGUAAUACAUGUAUUGAAUAAACAUUUAGUAAAUUGAAUUUAAGGCCGCUGUAAAUUCUAAAUGUAUUUCUUCUAACGUUUCCUAUAUCACUUUAAACACAUAUAUAUUAAAUAUAUACCCUUUUGUAAAUGCGAUAUGUUUCCUAAUUAAGUUUCCUAAGCAGCAUUACAGUUAUACUCGUAUUAAAUAUCCAGGUAAUUAACUUGACUUGUAAGGUCUGUGUAAAUAAUGUACUAAAGUUUCCUAACCACACCUCAAAAAUAUAUUUUAUGUAGCUACUUUGUAAUGAGUAUUAACCUCCUAUCAGAGGAAGCUAUUUACCUCAGUGCAAAACUAAUAAAUCAACGUUGUAAUGAGUAUAGCUAAUCCAAUAUACUUUUCUUGUGUACUCACUUAAAAAGAUUAAAAUGUAUUGUUUACUCAACUGUAUACAUUUUCUGUUAAUAUUUUCGGCCGUAAACCCAACAAUAUCUUGCGAGAUUCGGAGAUUUAGGUUAGU